CUCUGACCCCCACAGCGCCGCCCCCGCCGUAUCAAUCCCCCGCAGCCGGCAGGCACCAGGUCCAAGUGUCCAGCGUGUCCAGCACGUCGUCGGGCAGCUCCGCCAUCCAGCAAGUUCUGCGGCGAUUCCCAGGGAUGCACAUCUCCAUCCAGGACAUAUUUUCUUCUUUCAGGGGUCAACAGGAGAACGAAAACGAGGGACCGCCGCCUUCAUACGAGGAGGCGCUCAAGAUUUUAGAAUCUGCCAAGCUCUCCACUCAGCACAUUCUUGGGAAGAUAAAUUGAACGUCGUAAAGAUUUUUUUAUUGCUCUAUUUUGAUCAUUAGGGCUGCUCUCAGCAUUACAUCUAAAAAGAAAAUUUAAUUGCCCAAUGAACAAACAAAAAAUUUGAAAACAUUGGUGUGGCAUUUCGGAUUGAGCUGUUAACUGUAAAUAUUUGUCCUAAACAUGCAGUAAAACAACUAAUAGUGUCUUACAAGACAGCUGUCCGUGUCUUACACCACGGCUAUGGACACAAUGUAUCGCAGCUAUGGACACAUUGUGUUGCUUAGCAGCAGUAAACUGCCAUCAGUAUUUGAAACACAGUUCAUUUUAAAGCACUUCCUUUGGAUGAAGUCCCACCAAGUCACCAAGUCCACGUUAAUAGAAAAAAGCAAACAAACUAUGCAUACGGCAGUGACCCAAAGUCUUCCACUGACAUUGCUGCAUCCCAACACAAGAAUUCUUACCCUUGAGUUAGUAAGUCAUGAGAACACAUAUUUUUUCCUUGAGCAGUGUAGCCUUAUCAUGACCAAACUAUGCACUGAUCAAACUAUGCACGCCUGCAUGCUCAAGUACAUUGGUGAUUCUGUGACUUCAACAAUGACAGUGUAUUUCUGGCAUUCAAAUUGGAUUUUAAUUUUUUUCUAAAUUUUCACUAAUAGGAAGGUGUGCAGGAUUUCUGAGCACUGUAGCUGAAAUGUAAGAAGAUGCUAGCACUUGUGGCUGAUGCUGUUGGUCGGUGUUAAUCAUUUCAGAUCACAGAUCAACCAAUGAAUGGAUCAGAUGUCCGAUCACAGAUCACGCGAUGAAUGGAUCAGAAUUUCAAGUUGAACUAAACGUCUUUCAUUGUUAGCUCUGGUUUGUCACUCCCCAACCAGCGGUAACUCCCCGAUCCGGGUUAGGCACUGGUGUCUAUAAAAGAUGUUUGCCUUUGCAUGAGACAUCUUUGCCAUUGAAUGCCCUUUUGUACGCCUUUGAAUGAAUGCAUAUCACAAACUAUUCAAAAUAUUUUAUUAGCUACUUGGUAUAUCCCAUCUUGUAACAAUCAAGUUUCGUAUCUGAGUAUUUCCAUCAACCUUUCAAACCAUGCAGAUGGUAUGACGUCAAAGAACUGCUUUGCUCAAACGGAUCACAAUAAUUCGGCUCAAACCAUUUCCAAAUAUUUUCGUUUGAUUUAUGUUAUAUGUCAAGAUUUUGAUUUUUAAAUUACUUUCGGAAAAGAUAAAAUCCAAUUUAUUAUUUAUAAUGUAUACAAGGCAUGUGUGUGCCGACAUAUUUAUAUAUAUCCAGUAUAUAUAUAAAUAUUUUUUUUUAGUGAGAACUUGAACCCAUUUGAACUUAUCAGUUUAGAAGCAAAUAUCUGAAAGUAUUUAAAAAAAAAUGAAAUUGUGUUACUCAACCUUAUGAAAGUCAUACCAAAUUUAAUUAACAAAAACAACUUGUAUUCCAUUAUUUUGUCAAACACAAUUUUCUUUUAUGAUUAUAAUAUCGUACUUGUGCUAAAUUUCUGAUCUAACUUAGUUUUAUGAUAGGCACACUUGUCCUUUUGUUCUUGUAUAUCUGGUAUAAUUGGAUCAGUCUGAUCAGCACACUUGAAUAUGGUAUCGACGUCUUCCAUGACAGAUUCAUGACCGCUGGUCCUACACAAUCCCCGUUUCCAUGGUCACACUGCUGAAAUUUUAAAUAACUCACAUGACCAGUAUAUCUAUUUUUAUACAAAAAAGCCCAGAUUCGCCUUUCUUUCUUUUCUUUCCUGGAUGUCUGGAACGCUCAGCGCCAAUGGGGGAAUCCCGCCUUUUUUCCCCACGUCACAAGUGCGUACAUUCAGUAAAAGACAAACGGCGUCAGUGGAAACAUGACAUUAUUAUUGUCGUCAUAUCCACAAGUGCAAACAUUAAGAAAUAGAAAUGAUUUUCUUUAAGAAAUGUAAGUAAUAGCGCUGAGGCUGGUAACGAUCAACAAUCUUUUUCGGUGGAUUGUGCGCCCCAGGACGUCGCCGAAGAUCCGGUAAGGGAGAAACAAAAUGAGAAAGCUAGGGCGCUGAAGGCUCCCGAGCGAAAGAACGGUCUGGGCCGGGAGGGGGAGAGGAGCCUUCAGUGGUACCAUGCCACUGUGGUUUUCCACGGGUUAUUUCCAGUAAACUAAUGGCAUCAAAUCUCCACAUUUCCCCCAAGAUAUUAUUUUAUUUGUAUUCGCUGUUUAAAUAUAAUGUAAAUACCAAAAACUUUAAAAAAAAAAAAAAUUGUUCAUCCAGUCGUCC